CGCCUCUUUCCCGCGGGCCAAUGAGGAGCGGCGGCUCUAGGCCAGUGUUGUGGUCACGUGGGGGUUUGUAGUUGCGGCGCCCGCGGCUCUACUCCGGCGGGCUCUUUAUCUCGCGGCCCGCCCGCCCGCCUCGCGCUCCCCACCUUUCACCAGCCCCGCCGCCCCUCCCCGAGGCUCGGCGCUGGGACCGUGCCAUGCCGCUGGUCCGCUACCGGAAGGUCGUGAUCCUGGGAUACCGCUCCGUGGGUAAAACCUCUCUUGCUCACCAGUUCAUUGAUGGGGAGUUUCUGGAGUGCUACGACCCCACGGUGGAAAGCACUUACAACAAAAUGUUGUCAGUAGGGAAGGAUGAAUUCCACUUGCAGCUAGUGGACACUGCAGGGCAGGAUGAGUACACGAUCCUGCCUCACUCUUUUAUCAUUGGCAUCCAUGGCUACGUGCUGGUGUACUCUGUCACGUCUCUCAAGAGUUUUCAGGUGGUCAAGUCAUUGCACAGCAAGCUCUAUGAAAGCAGAGGGAGGACAAGGAUGCCUGUGGUGCUUGUUGGCAAUAAAGCUGAUCUUUCGCUAGAAAGCCGUCAGGUGAAGACUGAUGAGGGCAAGAAACUUGCUGAUUCUUGGGGUGCUGUUUUCUUGGAGUCCUCUGCAAAAGAAAACCAGAUGACUCAAGGUAUCUUCACAAAGAUCAUUGAGGAAAUUGACCGUGUGGACAACUCCUAUGGCGAACAGCGCAGCUGCAUCCUGAUGUGAUGUCCCUGUCUCCACCCAAAGCCGCUCUGCCGGUGGGAGGGGUGUGUGUCAGGGUAUUCGGGCCAAGUCAGGACAGGUAUUGCAACUACCUAGAGCCCUGUACAGUGGGUCUGAAGUAACUUACGGGUAACCCACACAAGCCGCAAUAUACCUCAUUGCUCGCCCCCUAUAUGAGGCGACCACGUUUUUGCACAUUAGUUUGCUGGAAGCAAUCUGUAUGUAUGUAUAUGUAUUGCCAAAUGUUUACAAAAACUUGGGAGGGCAAGUGCACAACAGGAUCUAUUUAUGUUUGUUUGGUUUUUUUUAUUGAGGGGAGUCUCCUUGUAUAUUUAUAUUGAAGUUUAACCAGUAUACGCACAAGUUUACACAUGCCAGUUCAAUACUUGGUGUGGCGGAGAGACACCCCAGUGGCCUCUUUUCUUCUGUGGGCCAAUUCUUCGGUUCAUUGCUCGCUUACGAUGGGAACAGACUCACCUUCCUAGGCGGGUUUUCCGUUGUGCCUCUUGCAACCUGCUGCCUUAUUUUAGUUUAUCUGUGAGAUUCCAGGUUGCAAACUGGGAUUCAAGGAUGGUUUAUUUCUCUUAAAAUUUCUACCAUAACUUUUCCACCUCUUUUUUUCCUCAAAAAUUUGGCAUUCUUGUUAAAAGAACCUAACAGGAAGGAGGCAUGAAGAGGGUUGCCAGAGCUCAGUCAGUUAUUUUUUUGUAUGCAAAUAAAAGUGAAACCUUUGGACAGGAUCCAGAUUAAGAUGGCGAGGGGGGGGAUUGAUCUGUCAAAUAUCAGUGUGUUUAUCACUACUCAUAUGGUAUUGCAGCUAGCCUCUGUAUAGAACAGAAAUUGCCCAGCUUGGCGGAACAGAAUGUGGGGGGAAAAGCAAUAUCACAAGGGUGCUAUUUAGACUCAUAUUCUGCUUGCAUACUUUGGCUAUUUUGGAAGAUACAUAAAGCAACACCAAUGCAGUAUGUGCUAGUGAUAAUGCUAUCAGGAAUGUGACUUUGUAAGAGCACAGUAUGAGUUGUGCAGAUCUUCCUGACUAGCUACUGGGUAACAAAACACUAGUGCCUCUUUGACACUGUUAAUGUUUGUGGAAAGUAGAGUGAGCUUGCGGAAAAUGCCCAUCAGGGGAAAAGAAACCGCUUCACUGGAGGUUUGGGUGUGCUUCCACAAAAUCCGUGCUGAAGUGGAGGAGGGAAGCAGAAAGAUUGUGCAGUAUAAACAUCUGUUAUGCUGCAGGGUGAAACAACACCUUUUCUUUCAAGGCUAAGCAUGUGGAACGUGACCUCUUUAUUUUCUGGCCAGUGGGCCAUACCUGGCUUCUCUUCAACAUGAAGAUGCAUUUUGCUUUGGGUUGUGUAUGACGAGGACACACUUUAAUGCCAUGAGAAGGCAGUGGUACUUCCUUUUUUUAAUUAGGCUUUUAAACCAGUUUUUGUGACCUCUUAGAAAAUGGUUGUCCCCACAGCAGACUACUGCUCUAGUUUGAGCAGAAACAUGGGACUGUUUUCCUUCUGCUGUGUGCUCAGGUGGAAGACAGCAAUGCAAGAUGUGCAUAGGCACAUAAUGGAAGCAGACUGGGAUCCCACAGGCUGUCCUGGGGUCUCCAGGUACUAAGAACAAAGUAAAUCCCACUGCCUAAAAUGAUCACUCUGAAACUCGAGGCAAUGAGUCAGCAGCACACACUUUGGAAGGAGCCUCUCUUGAAGCACAAGGAGCUGGGGCCUGAAAGAGGGAAGUCAGGGAGCGCUUACAUGAUUUGUGUUUUCUGUCUCAGCCAUAGGGAUGCAUGGAUAUCUUCCAGUUAUUUCCGUUUCUGUGGCAGACAAGACAGCACUCUGAGGUCGGGGAGGGGGGGGGCAGGAGGUGGGGAUAUUGGCACAGAGUCUGUCCUCAGCAAGCCUCAGGCCAUGGUAGUGGGCUAUGAGCCUUGGGCUCGCCCACAUGAAGUCCUGAACCUUACAGCAUUAUCUUCUGGAUCUUAAGACAUGAGACUUGUUCAUGCUGAAAUCCGAGCAGAGAUUCUUCAUACCAUAAGGUGCUAGAAAAGGACACAUUAUUUUGGAUAAUUUAAAACCACCAGGGCAUUCUUGGUCAUUGUAGGGAUAACCGAAGGUGACUUGAAUAGGGUUGUCUGGAUUGUUAAUAGUUUUAUAAGGGGUGGGGGGGAGGGGAUGGUCCAUGCUAUGUUCAAAUAGCUUGGCCAAUGAAAGUGUGUUGCAGCAGUGUACUCUCUAGGUGGGACUGAAGCUUCCCGCUUCCUCUGUUCUAAGUCUAGCGCUCCUGGAUUUGACUGUCUCAAACGAGUUGGCUGAGCGACAGUGCUGCAAAUGAUUGUACUGCAUUCAUGCUUGUGUGUGUGUUGCUGCUGCUAAUAACCCUUGCUAGGUUGAAUUUAUAAAGCAGCAGUUUGCAUGCCUGCUACUACCUUGGCAGGAGUGCCCAGGUCUGAUGUACAAAAGCAGCUUUGCUAUCGCAAUAAAUUGUGCAAAUUAAGUUUAUUUAGCAGACUUUGCUUGAAGGAUUGACCAUGGGAACAGUUACAAAGGGGGGUGGGAUGAAGCUUGCAAGAGCUUACUAUUUUUAUUUAAAUGUUGUUCUGUUCAUGGGUUAGAUCAACGUACAUCAUAUGGCACUAUGGGUAAGGGAUUCACAGUCAUGAACAGCACCAGCGUUGUGGAGGAAGGAGAGAGGGAGCAUUUCUCUUCCGUGGCAGUGGCUUAUAUCCUUCAGCUUCCCUCCCGAGCAGUGGUGGCUGAAGAUGUUUUGUCACAGGAGGCAACAGUAGCCUGGACCUCACUGCUCUUGCCCCCACCUUGAGAGCAGUGGGGCGACCCCUCUUUACAUCUUCAUUGCCUUGCAGGCUAGAAAUUGAUUUCUCCAGGGCAGAGGGCUAUUUCAGCAUUAGGGGCUGUAUUCUGUAGCACAUUUAGAGUUGCAAGCUGUUUGUCGGGUCCUCUUGCCAAUUCUUGCAACAAUUACCAUGCUUGCAUUGAAGGGAGAAAAGCAAAUGUAGCUCUGACUUCUCUGGGUCUGAACAGAUCCACCCUAGUCUCUAGUUAUCCAGUUUAUCCAUUGGGAACAGAGGUGCCUUCAGGCUUUUUAUCUUUCAGCGUUUGUAGUGUUUCUGUACUACUGCCAACUGUAGAGCUAAUUUGCUACUAAUUGCAUCAAUUAUGUUGUUAGCAACAAGGCAGUAAUAUUGAGAUACUGUCAUUCUGAGUUUUGGUCCAGGCUGAUUGAAAACAUAAACAGCCUUGUCUGAAACCUUUUCAGUCUCUCUCUUGCUUUAACUGUUGCCUCUAUGGCAGUAGGAGAAAACAGCUUUAUUGGAAGGAAGCAGAGGUUGCUUCAUCCUUUGCCCGUGAUGUUUGCAGCUGGAACCUGCAGGAGUUCCAGCUGGAUGUCUCUUCUAUGUAGUAGCUAUGUAGCUACAUAGCUGUGAGCUAUGUAGACUGUUCAGGGCAACCAGAGUUCUGCUUUGCCUAUUACUUCUUGGCCUCAGGAGUCAGCUUGGGCUUUUUUGGGUCCUAGCCCCAUCUUUUCCUUCCAGCUAGAUCAUCAGUUGACUUUGGCAGCUCGAUAGCUGCCUUGCCCAGUAUCAGAGAUGGUAUUUCUGCCGGUUUCUGUUUUGAGCAAGGAAACAAAGCUUGAUACCACUGAACAGCUCCCCUGUUUUCCUCUUACAAGUUGCCAUGUGUUUCCAAACAGUCAGUCUGGUUCUGACACGGGUGACUGGUGGUCAAGGGAAGAGAGUGGAACCCAGCUCUCAUUGUCCCCAUGGUCAAACGGCUUCCCAACAGGUAAGAAAGUAAUGGCCUGCUCUGAUAAGGUCUUAUUGGCUGAUGCCAGUCACAUCAAUUGUAAAGCAAGGGAGGAACCCUGAGAGGAGUUAAGGAGCACAUAUUCUACCUGCAUCUUGUUAGUCAUAGUCUCUUUAAUUACAGCUGUUGACUGCAAAGCAGUCAUAUGUUAUAAAUGUUCCUAUCACUAUUGUAAAAAAAAGUAAGACUGUGAAACAGUUGGAGGGAGGUCUAAAAACCAUACAGUAUAUGAGAGAAUAAAAGGAAGGAUAGCAUAUUGGGAUUGCUUAUAGAUCACAAUUUUGUGUUGUGUGUGAACUUCCUUCAGCCGUACCAUAUAGAAUUGAGACCUGCUGUCACUAAAGGGGCUGUGGCUCAGUGGUAGUGUCCAAUUUUUGUGCAGAAAGUCCCAGGUUCAAUUUCUGACAUUGCCAGUUAGAAGGAUCAGUUGAUGUGAAAAAACCCUUUCCUUAGGCCCUGGAGAGUCCCUUUGUGGCAGUGUAGACACAACCGAUCUGGACAGACCAAUUAUCUGAAUAUGUAUAAGCUAUGUUCACAUAACUGAGAGUUUAAAUAUCUCACUAAAUAUAAAGUCUAUAGCUACGAGCUGAAAGACAGAGACUGAAAUGCUGUCAUGUUUUAAGGAAGAGGGGGUACUCCCUCCCAGAGUGGCAAAGAAGAGCUAAGGUUGGACUAUGACUUGGUGAGGUUUCUCAUUCAAUUUAGGGCAUGAUUUGAGACUCAGAGGGGUAGCUGGCUUUCUAAUCCUGCUAUUGUCAUCAGAUCAGGGGCAGGCCCAGUAACUGCGUAUGAAUACAGCUUCCCUUCCUGCUGGACAAUUGACCAGUUGAAGAACUGGGGUAUUUUGAAAGCCUGGUCCCCAAAGGUUGGAUCAUAGAUCACUACAUCAGAAAAUGGAAGUAGGAUGGGAUAGGCAGAACAGGGCUGGCUCAGUCUCUCCCAAUGAGAUUGUUGGGACAUAGCAAAUGGAAUGUCAUCUGAGACAUAGAGGGGGAGCUGAAAGAGUUCUUAAAAGACUGACACACUUGUGGCAUAAACUUGUGUGGGCUCAAGCCUACCUGCUUCAUUCUUCAGUAGGUGUAGGAACAAAAGGCACCCUUCUGAGUCAUCAGUGGCAGGAUCGGAUCCAUCUUUGUGUACCAGAUUACUUUCUCCCAUACCACAUGAAUGAUGCACUGGUUUUUUUCAGUAGGGGACAGAACUGUCCCCAUUAUCUGAGAACAGGUGGCCAAGCUGCCAUUGAUAGGAGCUGUAUGAGGGGAGCCCUCUCUCCAUCGAUACCUCUCCCUGCAUAACAAUGAGUAAUUAAGCUGGGUUCUAGAGUGACCCAGAAACAGGAUUUGGCAAUUUGGUGCUAUGUAGAAAGAAGCAGUCUGGGGUAGAUUAUAAUGUUGAAAACAGUAGCAGUCUCUUGCUAGAAGUCUGAUGACAUUUUUAAUAGAACUGGGACAACAGAUGAAAAGCCUGUCUUGUCUUGUAAUACAUUAUAUUUUUGUUGAUUUCUGUUUUUGUGCAAAGAAACAUAGGACUUAGUGCCUUUGUGAAGAGUUCUGCUUGGCUGCUGUCCUUCUAUGAGCUGCCAUGUAUUCCAGAACAGAGAACCUUAGAACUGGUUCUAAUACCCUGUGUGUGGGGGAGGGGUUGCUGUUAAUAGUGAACAUGCAAACAUUCAAAGUUUUAAGAGAAGAAAAACACUUGCUUUUGUUGUGCCCAGGGUAUUUCCACAGCUCCACUCACUCUAACCUUUCAAUUUCCCUGAACCCCAUCUGGCUCCUAGUUCCAUCUGUCAUUCCUCUGUGUGAAAAUGCUUUAUAAAUAUAUGUAAAUAAAAAGUCUUAAAAGGGGUAAA